AUGAAAGUAAAAAUUUAUAGUUUUCAAUCUAUAUUUUUUCUAUCUUUAUUAGUAAAUAAAUUAAUUUGUGAAUGUAGCAAAUCAAAAUUGUCUAAAGAAAUUUUAGAUGAAUUUAGAAUUAACCAAUUUUUAUAUGAAUUUAAUAGGACACUUUCAAGAAUACCUGGAAAACUUAUUACAAAUUUUAAUUUAACAAAAACUUUAUUAGAAAAUAAUAGAAAAAUUAGAUCUAUUAAUGAAUGCGGUGGUAAAGAUGGAAAAAGUUGUUGCAAAAAAAAAUUAAAAAUAAAUUUGCAUUCUGUUGGAUUCAAUUUUAUUUUAAAUCCCAUCAAUGUUGAUAUAGGAAAUUGUAUUGGUAGUUGUAUAUUAAAUGAUAAUCAAUUUCCAAAUGCAAAAUUAUUAAGAAUUUCUGGUAUUUCAACGAAACAAAAAACAUCUUGUUGUUUUCCUGAUGCAUUUGAAAAACAAUACUUUUAUAUUUAUACAGAAAAAGGAGUUGUUAUGAAAGCAAUUGAUCAUAUGUUUGUUGAAACUUGUCGUUGUACCUAA